UGAUUAUAUUUGCAGUUAGAGAAAGAUGCAAGAUCUUAAUAAUGGCGGCGGGGCUGAAGUUUACCAGAUCAGAAAACUAGAGCUUUCCGACAAAGACAAGGGCUUCAUCGAACUGCUGAAGCAAUUAACCGUGUGCGAUUCUGUGAGCGACAAAGAUUUCCAGGGCCGGUUCGAGGAGCUCGCGAGAUUGGGCGACGACCAUCUGAUAUGCGUGAUCGAGGAUUCCCGGUCGGGGAAGAUCGUCGCAACCGGGAGCGUGUUCAUAGAGAGGAAAUUCAUCAGAAAUUGUGGGAAAGUAGGGCACAUUGAGGAUGUGGUGGUUGAUUCCAUGGCUCGUGGAUCGCAACUAGGGAAGAGAGUCGUUGAGUUUCUCACAAAUCAUGCUUCUUCCAUGGGGUGUUAUAAGGUCAUUCUUGACUGCUCUGAAGAUAAUAUCGCUUUCUAUGAGAAAUGUGGAUUCAAGAAGAAAGAAGUUCAGAUGGUGAAGUACUUCACCUGAUGACACUGAUAAUUUCAGAUUUUUGUUUUUUUUUUUUCAAGAAUGUUGAAACUUAAAAAGUACCUGCAAUGAACUUUUUCUGGUUGUUGCUUGCUUGCUUUCUGCAAAUCCUACAAAACAGAAAUGCCAUUAAUAGUUUUUCUUUUCCUCCAUUGUAUGAAAGAGAUAUCCCAAAAAAACAUGUCUUUGGUUGUUUCUA